GUGCAGGAGUCCCAAACCAGUUCAGAUGUUGCUGUUUCCUCAAGCUGCAGGUCUAUGGAAAUGCAGGAUCUAGCCAGCCCACAUAGCCGACUAAGUGGUAGUAGUGAAUCUCCCAGUGGUCCAAAACUUGAUAACUCCCAUAUAAAUAAUAAUUCCAUGACACCCAAUGGCACAGAAGGUGACAUGACCCUCCUCAGCACUGCCGACUGGUUGCUGAGCCCUAGCACACAGACCCCUGCAGUUAAAACAGAACCAAUGAGCAGCAGUGAGAUUGCUACUACUACUACCACAGACGGGUCUUUAGACAAUUUCUCAGGAUCAGCAAUUGGAAGCAGUGGUUUCAGCCCAAGACAAACACACCAGUUCUCCCCACCACAGAUUUACCCUUCCAACAGACCAUACCCACAUAUUCUUCCUACCCCCUCUUCACAAACGAUGGCUGCGUACGGGCAGACACAGUUUACAACGGGAAUGCAACAAGCUACAGCUUACGCCGCCUACCCCCAGCCCGGCCAACCCUAUGGAAUCCCUUCAUAUGGUGCAUUGUGGGCAGGCAUCAAGACAGAAGGUGGAUUGGCACAGUCACAAUCACCUGGACAGACAGGAUUUCUAAGCUACGGUGCCAGCUUUAGCACACCUCAACCUGGACAGGCUCCCUAUAGCUACCAGAUGCAAGGCAGCAGUUUUACAACAUCAUCAGGAAUAUAUGCAGGAAAUAAUUCACUCACAAAUUCUACUGGAUUUAAUAGUUCACAGCAGGAAUAUCCCUCUUACCCCGGUUUUGGCCAGGGCCAAUAUGCACAGUAUUAUAAUAGCUCACCGUAUCCUUCACAUUACAUGACAAACAGCAACACCAGCCCAACGACACCCUCCACAAAUGCAACAUACCAGCUUCAAGAACCACCAUCUGGCAUCACCAGUCAAGCGGUUACAGAUCCUGCAGCAG